UUUUGACUAUAACUCGUGAAUUGCGUAAAUCUUUGGCGAACCUGACAUUUCAAUGUUGGAAGUCGAAGAUGUGCGAUGUGUGUUGGAAAGGAUUCGUAAACCAUGAUUAGUAUUAUUUUGGUUCGAAGUACUGUUUCGUGAUAAUAAGUAAAAUAAAAUGUGAGAAAAGAUUUAGAAAUUGCUUUAGAUUGUUAGAGUAAAUGUAUAUUUAAUGUUGCUGAGAUGGUUGCAAAUAUUCAGUUUCGCCGGAUGUUAGACUGUUGUAAAAUGAAUGAAACUAUCAAAUAAAAGAGGGAGAGCUAUGGCAGAGACUGUGCGAGAAUGGCUGCAAGAUUGUGCAGGUCAAGAACCUGACCAGCUUCAUAGUUUUGCCGUUUCACUGGAACAUAACCACAGUCUCAUUGCAGCAUUGCAUUCUGUCUUGGAGGAACGAGGCCGGUUCGCAGAUCUUGUGGAUCCAGUCUGCUCACAACUGUUUGAACUGUACCGCUCAAAGCAGCCAGACCUGCAGCGUUUCACGUUGCAGUUUCUUCCAACAUUAAUUUUUGUUUAUUUGAACUCUGUAGCACAUGGUGACAAGAAGAGUUGUCGCAGUGUUGAGACAUUAUUACUUGGUCUGUACAAUCUUGAAGUGGUGGAUGAGAGUGGUCAGCCAAAAAUCAUCUCCUUUCGCCUGCCUUCAUUAGCACAAGGAUCCAUUUACCAUGAGCCUAUGUCCCUUGCACCACUGACUGAGAGUGCCCUACGUCGAUGGGAGGAGUGCAAUACCAAACCUGUUCAGUGGGGUCCUAUGCCUCAGGUGGAAACACUUAAUGCCCAAAACAGACUAAAGGUGAUGACAGCAUUAUUAUUUCUCUACAACCAACAGCUGAGUCUUGCAAGCAAAUCUGCCCUUGAAUAUCUCAGCAAGGUCUGCUCUAAGAUAGUGACUCAAGGCUUCAGCAAACCAGGUCACCACCAGAGAUCAUCAUAUGGUUCAGAUAGUUCCAGCUUGGUUCCACGCUUGUUGCCACGUAUUCCUGUCUCAUCACAAUUUCUUCUUGAGCUGCUUCAUGGUGCCUAUUUCUCAUUAUUUAAUGGAGCAGCAGCUGCAGCACAAGCAGCUCUUGAUGAUCUCCAUUCCCGUGCCUGUUUUGAAGGGUAUCCAGAGGUUGUGUUAGCUACUAAUGCUGUACGGAACUCUUUGCAAGUCAACACCUCUGGUCAACCUACAGAUGGACCAAUGGGUAUCAGUGUUGCUCUUACACCAGCAACGACAACAGUUACGACUGUCAGCAAAUCAAUGAUUACGAAUGCUUCUUUCCGUACGAAGAAGCUUCCUGGGAACAAACUUACUGCCCGUACAGAGGAUGCAAGCACACUAUUCCUCUCACUUUUCCUACAGUCACUAGGACUUGUGGUGAUUUCAUUGGCACUUUUUUUUAAGGUUUUCAGAUUACUUAUUUGGCUGUGAAUGUUAUGUAUAGUCUCUGUUUUAUUAAUUCUGCUAUUACAUUUUUUGAUAAGGAAAAACAAUGCAUGUAGAAUAAGGAUCAUACAAAAAGUGUGAGGUGUAGCAGAAAUAUUGUACAGGUGCUUUUUGUGUGUAGUGAACUGCAGCAUUGAAGAGUGUCACUGUCUGUAGCUUCGUUGUAUACAUAUUUGUUUUAGAGAUAGGACAUAAAUAUCAGAAUUUUCGUAACUGAAAAUAGUAAAAGAAAAGAUGAAGUAUCAUUUAGUCCUGAAAGGAUUUCAGAAAUUUAAUCGACUUACAUGAAUCAUUGUGUAUUAAUUAAUUAGUUGCUAUCUGCUGUUACUAUGCAUUUUUACAUUUACCGUUUGAAAUUUUGGAAACAGUCAAUAACACAGAGGUUGAUGUAAAUUCGUAUUUCCUCCUAUAUAGAAGUGUCUCGUUCCAAGCCAUGAGUUAUCUGAUAUGCUCAAACGUGGUCAUCUCAGAAUAUCUUAAUUUAGCAUUUUCUGUAGUGGGCUCUAAUUUCAGUAGUCUAAAUAUUAUCCAUGAUGGGUGAAAGCUGAUAUUAAUGUACAUUGUGGAAUAUAGUAGCAGAAUAUUUUAGUACAUAAGUUUUCCAGUAGCUUGUUACUGGAACACCAUUGUAUUACAUGUAUAUAAUUAUUCUGGAAUAACACUAAAACUAAGUACUUCAAAGACAGAUAAAAUUGUUGAUAUGUACUCUUUUUGUAUGGCAUUUUUAAAUACUCAGAUUGUUGGAUAUGAAUCAAACAAGUGUUAAGCUCUACAUUGUAAUUUAUAUUGUACUACAAAUCUUCUAUAUUUUUCCUUGUUUCCAUGGACUCUAGGUAUUUAACCACGUAGAAAAGAGCUGCAAUAUAUUUUGACAACAUCUGUGGCAUUAGAGAGACAAUAAUUUGAAGGGACUGAUGGCUCUUAUACAUAUAUGUUCAAGGAUUUCCAAAGAUAUUGACAACUGAAACAAUUUCAUAGUGUUGUUUAUUGUGAUUUUAGAAGUACAUUAUACUAGUGUAGGGUGUAAAGGUGAACCAUAUUUUUCUCAAUGAAAGUGUGUAUUUAUUUUAAUGACUUAAUCUGCAAUUGUUUGAACAUUGUGCUGAUUGUUUUCUUGUAUCCGUUUAUAUUGUAAUGUAGAGGAACAAUGCCAACAUACUAAAUGUUCAUAAAAUAUAAGGUAAGUAAUAUUUUGUAAUAUUACUGCUUCAGGAAAACUCAUUUUAGGAUAAUGCUGUUAAAAUUAACAACACAGAAAUAUCAGUUUUUUUAUUUGAAACUAACUAGGACAGCGUUUUCAACUUAACCCUCUUGAAUUAUUUUCAGUAUCUGUGAGCAUAGUUUACAAGUUGUUGUUUAUCAUAAAACUACUGUUAUCUAAUUCUCUCCACACACUUGCAAAAGAUGUUUUUACUACCAGAUUGGAUCAUUUUUCCACAAGAAAGGAUUAAAUUAUAUUUCAUGUAUGUUUUGAUAUACAUUUCAGUAAUGGUGCAUAAAGAGGCAUUUAUACCAGCUUUGAAAAGUGGACUUGUUUUGCUGUUUUCAUCAUUUAAAUUUAUAGAAUAAAUCUGAUCAGAAUAUUUUGGAGUUCAUGAUGUAGUGUUUUGAGAACAUGAGUGGCAUUAGAGCAUUGAAUUGCUGAAAGUGUUACAUUGAUAUUCCUGUUAGACUAGUCAACGACUUACCUUUUGCCUUCUAAACACUUCGUACCUGAUGUUUAUCUAACUGUUACGGUUGCAAUUGUAAUUAGGCCAGGCCCAAUGUAUCUUACAAAUGUGCAGUUAUAUCUGCAAUGUUGUUAAUAUAUCUGGCUAUGUUUUGUGUUGUUAAGGAUGAUAUAGAUAUUCAGCUUACUGUUUGGAAAUUGAUGUAUAGAGGGUCUAUGGCAUAUAAAUAUAUAGAUUUUUUCCCA